AUGUAUUCGACCGCCGCAUCAUUCAGUCUACCACCACCGCCGACUUCUCCAUUGCAUACAUCAUCACUAUCCACGAACUCGGCAGUGGCGCGACGUCUUCCUCUACCUCGCGAACCUUCAAGACUCCUCCAUCCACUCCAGCCUCCCGCUUUCUAUCCCAGAACGACGUCUACGGCAUCCAAACAGCAGGCGUCGUCCUACGCUCCGAGCGGUCUUCACACACCACCGGGCGACGACCACUACGGCGCUAUGGGCAGCCUCACGCACCACAACCUGCACCUCCAUUCAGCUGGUCUGGCCGACUACGACGGUCGGCACCAUGUCAGCUCCUCAUCACACGCUGCCGACGCCGACCGCAGACGAGCAAUCCUCAGCGAAGCGCACUCCGCUCUGACUCUCGGCCCAUCACCACCCACAGUGACCGACUACAACAGCGUCGCCCGCUCCGUGAACCACGAGGUCGAAGCGCUCCAGGCCCAACAGGUCCAAUCACAGCAAACAUACCAUCAGCAGCAGCCAGCGGUUGCCCGUUUUUCCUCCACUUACCUGACACCACCAGACGCGGUUCCGUUGGGCUCUCGGCAAGCUACAAUAGAGAAUCACAUGCUGUCCGACAACGGAGUUCUUAGCCAGCCGACGGCCUCCUCGAACGCCGUCCCCACGAUCACAAAUGGCGGCACAGGCACCAGCGCAGGAAACCCGCCGCGACACCAAAAAGCAACAUCCAUCACGGAGAAGGAUUCGUUGGCGAUGGUGAUGCACAGCCCGGAGGUGCCCAGGUGCAUCAACCCCCAGGGCGGGAGCAUAUCAGACUUUACUGCAGAGAUGACCUGUUUGUUUUGGUUUGAGACGCCCAGCGUCUUUAUCCAAGCAAGCAAAAUCGACGCACUGCCCGCUGACGCGUGGAUACCCCGACUGAGCAGCAAUGGCUUUCCUACAGAGCCGUUUCGGUCCUGGGUGAACCGCAUGAUCAACACAACACAAGUCACCCAGAACGUUAUUUUGCUUGCUCUGCUUUUCAUCUACCGUCUUAAAUCGCUCAACGUCAUUGUCCGGGGAAAGCCAGGCAGCGAAUUUCGUCUUUUGACUGUUGCCCUCAUGUUGGGAAACAAGUUUCUUGACGACAACACGUACACGAACAAGACGUGGUCUGAUGUAUCGGGCCUCCAUGUGAAGGAAAUCCACGUCAUGGAAGUCGAGUUUCUGAGCAACAUGCGGUACAGCCUACUCGUCUCCAAAGAUGAGUGGGAGGACUGGAUUGGCAAGCUGGCCAAGUUCCGCAUGUACUAUGAGCUUGCAAGGCCCGCUGCUUCACCGCUGUCGUCACCUGCAUCAUACCAUCAGCAGCCGGUAGCAAGCAACAUGAACUUGUCUCCUACUGCGGGGGCAGGUGCACUCCAGAUGCCGUCUUACUCGCCGUCGACCCGCCCGAAUUUUGCCGCACCUCCUGUUGCAUUGGGUCAACUCCCGGCCUGGCCUGGCCAACUGCCUACACCACAGGUUGAUCCUUCUAUGAACGGACGGAACGGAAACUCGAAGCGGUCCAUGUCCUUUGAGGACAUUACGGAGCCUCCGCCGAAGCGGUCGUCUCGAUAUGUCUCCCCCGGGUCCACGCUUCCGCCACCAAUUCCUUCACAAGCACGAUCCCAGGCAAGCUCAGGCCUUUCGUCCAUGGCCUCUGUUGCAGAGUUUGAGAGUGUACCUGCAAAUGUCGUUGCGUCGACUGCAGAGUCUCGGCGGUUGCCCGCUCCGCAGCUCACGCUCAACACAGCCGCAGAGCAGAUGCAGCAUCCCGUCCAGCAGCACCUCCAGAACAGCACAAUUGCCAAUUAUCCGCCCACCACAGGCAUGCAAGCUCCUCAGCAGCAGCAUCAGCAGCAGCAGAUGGCUGCACUGUCCCAGGCACAGGCCCCAGUUGCUCUGCCACCGCUUCUUGCACACGGCGUGCGUGCCAUGGCGACUGUUUACCCGCCCAACGCCGGUUCCAGUGGAGCCGCGCUUCCGUCUGCUGCACCCUCAACUCAGACGGUCUCGACGACCUUGGCACCCGCAACAGGCCUCGCGUCCCAGCUUUCCAUGCAGCAGCCUACAAGCGGCCCUGCCACGGGCAGUAGCUCGGCUCUGCCAUCAUACCCGCCGCCACAGACGUUCAGUACGCCUACGAAACGGAUGAGCCCGAGCAACGUUCUGACGCCGAACGCUGCGUCCGUGUACGCCGCUGCCACCAACUCCUCGCCGCUGGCCGAGAGCUUCUCCCAUCUUGCCAGCGGUGUGCACACGCCGCUUACGCACUCCCCGUCGGUCUAUCUGCAACAGCGUGCGAGCCCGUACCGGCCCAUUCGCAACGUGCAUAUGCUGCUAAACCCGCCUCCCACGUCGAGCCUGCAGGAUUACCAGACACUGGGCCCGAUUCUGAUUCCGCCCACGCAAAUGUACUACCAGCCACUCGGCCGCCCCAACGAUCUGCGGUCGGGUAUUGUCCCCGAGUUCCAGGGCAUGCAGCAGUACGGCGUUGGUCCAAUGCGUCACGGUACAUCGCUGACGCCGAUUCAUGCUCUCCAGCAGCACCAGCAGCAACAGCAGCAGGCGAUGCAAAUGCCGCUGCGCGAUGCACGGGUCAAGCAGGCCCAACAAGCGCAACAGCAGGCCCAACAGGUGCAGCAGAUUCAGCAGCAACAACUCCAAGCUCAAGCUCAGGUGCAAGCACAAGCCCAGGCCCAGGCUCAGGCUCAGGCCCAGGCUCAGGCUCAGGCUCGGGCAUAUGCCAACCAGCAGUCUCAAUACAAUAACUAA